AUAAUGCUGUUCUAUUCUUCUAUUUAAAACCGAAAGCGUGGACGUUAAUAAAACACGUGCAUAUAGUGCUUCCUGCAAAAUCUGAUUGUGGUGUAUUGAAUCGCACCUUGAAUUUCCAAAAUCGGAUAUAAUUUAAAUUGGAUUAAAGGUUGGUGCUGUUUUUUGGGACAUGCUUAUGAAUGUUUUACGAGUCCGGGUCGUAUUUGAUCGCGAAAUAAAUCGAAAUUUGAGGACAUAAAUCAGAAACUUCAUGAUCUAGAAUCAUCACUUGACAUGGCGGCUUUAAUUAUCUUUGUCAGCAGACGACGCUACUGUGCACGUUUUACUUGAAAGAUUAAUGUCAUCUGCGGGUAGUAAAAAUGAUUAAUUUAGUACGAAAAAGUACCGCAUGUACCAUCAAUAGUAUUGGGCUGGUAUCGGUUUUAAGUGAAGUUCUCUUUAAACAUGCUACUGGUUUUAUAGACAAUUCAGUAGUUUAAUAGAGGGAUGAAGCAGUGACAAGUUUUUUUUCUAUCUGUUCAGAUUUUUUUUUCUGUUUAAAUAUUCAAAGCAUGACAAUAUAAGGAUAUUAGUGAAAACAAAAUUGAAGGGCAUUUCUGAAAUACCAUUGUCAUUUUUUAUUAAAUAUAAAUUUCUUAAGAAAAUUGUUUAAUAUUGAUUCAUGUGUUCUGUGAUGGAUAUAAACCGGUAGUGUGCAACACUGUGAUAUAACAUAGAGCCAGGUACCAAGUUUGAGCCCCUACAAUGCCACGACACGGUACCGGCCUGGGGGCCACCAACUUCCCUGCCGCCAACAAACUCUUGAUGAGAUAUGAGGCAGAUCGCGCCUAUAAGCUCCACAUGCAGAAGCUGUCGACAGUGAGGCCUCGUAUUGAUGUCAAGGAACCAAAGCGGCACAAUCACCUUGUUGUGCGUCUCAAACAGAUUCAGAAAGAAGAAGAGAGACAGGCCGAAAUCGACCAUGAAAACAAGCUUCUGCUGAACAAGAUGACACAUGUGUUAAAAUAUGGCGGCAAUAUAGACAACUGGAACAACUAUGAAUCUCGAAGUCUAAAUUUCCCAUACCGUGAGCGUCAGAAUGAAGACAUAGCGCGGGAAAAUCUUGGUAUUGCACGCCGACUAGAGACUGUAAGGCCAAAGCUGGAGAUCAACAAAUGGGAGCAACAAUACCAGCACCACCAGUAUCUCAAGCGGAUCUGGAGCGACAGUGUCAAGGACUUUGGGGAGUUCACACCGCGACGCUUUAGCCGCAUGUCUCGAACGAUAUACUAUAAACGAUUUCUUAGGAGUGAGGAGGCGCUGGACGAUACGAAUGAUGAGGACUUUCAAAGUGUUGACACAGCUGAUGAGAAGAAAUUACCCAAACUGAAGAAAAGCAAGAAGACAGGGGCCCGGGCCACAAAGAGCGAGACAAGUUAUCCUGUCACCCGCACUGAGAAACAAUCUCCGACCCGAACGGGCCCUACAAAACUGCCUAAGAUUAAUGCCAAUAAAGCGGAUGCACCUGAAAAGUCAAGAAAGGAGGAUGGAGUUUCAACUGGCUACAAAGAGACCGGUGAUGACAAGUCUGACGUUGCUCAAUUGUUCAAGAUCGCUAAGCAGCUAGGUCGCCCGGAGGAUAUAUUCAUUAAGACGCUGAUUAAAAAGACACACAAGCAACGAAUGGCAACAAAAGAGAAAUUCAAGGAAAAAUAUGAAUUGGACUUGGUGACCGAACUGAAGAACGGCCUUGGUCGACAGUGGGAGUACCUGAUUGAUGCUCUGCUACAGGAUAUGGGCGUGGCGGACUCUUACGCAGUAUUUGACGCUCUAAGCGCGGCCCACAAGACGUCUGACAUGGCAGAUGUGGUAGAGCUACUGAGCACCCGCAACAAUAAAAGUAUCACUGCUCUCAAAGAGUCCUAUAGAAAAGAGUUCUCUAUCAGUCUUGAGGAAGACAUCAGGGACCGAACACAACCACCCACCCAGUUAUUGUUGCUGACUUUGCAGAAGGGAGUCCGUGAUGAAUCUACCGGUCUGGAUGAACGAGAAGUCAAGAAGGACGCUGUAGAUUUAGUGGAGUUUGGUGACGGACGUUUUGACAGCGAGAAUGGCAUCUUCUUGAAGCUGCUGCAGACGCGCAGUAACGGCCACUUGCAGGCGGUUUUGACAGAGUUCAAGAAUGCAUCUGGCGGUCAGGACGUGCUCAGUGCGAUGAGAUACGACUGUGAUAAGGAGUACUUUCGCCUUCUCAACGUACUGGUACAAUGUAUAGCCACCCCAGCUGCCUUCUACGCGGACAAGUUGUUUAAACACAAGCUGCCCUCAGACCCUAUUCUUGUGCACAUCCUGACCUCCAGAUCAGAGAUUGAUAUGCCGGCUAUCAAGAAGGCAUACAAGACCAAGUACGGUAUUGACAUCACCGAUGACAUUAAGUCCAAGCCUCAUCCAAUACAGAAGUGCCUUGUUGAACUCGCAAAUAAGGGGACAACCAAAAAGCCUGCAGACUCAAAGAAAUCCUACCUGAAAGAGACCGCAGCAAGUCAGCAGCAGCAACAACAACAACAGAAUCAGAAACCACAGCAACAGCAGCAUAAGCAGCAGUCUGAGACAACCGUAACUAAGACUAAGACUGUAACAAAGAAGACCGAGCAGAAAGUUAAAGUUUCCGGUCAGACCCAGAAUCAAGACCAAGCCAGUCUUGACCACAAAACAGAUGACAAAAAAGAAUCAAAACCUGUGAGCCAAUCAAAACAAACUGACAAUAAUACGGCAUCAGUAGACACUCAAGCUCAGGCAAAAGAACAAAAGCCAUCUGAUAAGCAGGACAAUAACUCAGUCCAGCCAGAUCAAAAUGCAAAGUACAAUACACCAGCAAAUAAUACCAAUAAAAAUGAUCAAAAUAACUUGAAUGUGCAGCAAAGUACAGGGACUGUAAGGCCUUUCAGUAAUUUCAAUGCAGAUGAUGACUGUGAUAAAUUGAACAAGGCGUUGAGCGAUGAACAGGCAGAUGCAAGGGAGAAAGUCGUAGUUGCCAUAGUAACCAAGAGAAGCAACCAGCAGAGACAGCAACUGAAGGCAACCUAUGAACAGAAAUAUAAGAAGAACCUGAUGAUCGACCUUGAAUCCGAGCUGGUGGGUGACACAGAGGAGAUUGUGUUGGCGCUGAUGAUGUUACCGUCCGAGUACGACGCCUUCAUUCUGCACGAAGCAGUAGAGGGAUUGGGAGUGGCCGAGCCUACGCUGGUUGCUAUUGUUGCCACCCGUUCUGCGCAGGAAUUAAAGGCAAUAAGAGACCACUAUCAGAAAGAUGAUGGAAAAGAUGGAGCGUUUAAAGCUGACCUUGAGAAGGAUCUGACCCGGGACUGUAGCGAUGAUCUUCGAAACCUUCUUACCGCCUGUAUCCGUGGUAACAGGCCUACAGGAUCAGCUGUUGCUAUAGACAAGGCGCAAGCAGACGCACAGGCCUUGAAACAGGCAGGGGUACCCAGUGCUGCAUUCACUGAUCUGCUGGCCAAUCAGAACCACUUCCAGGUCAAGGCCACGCUGGAAGAGUACACCAAGUUGGCAGGUGAAGACAUCUAUACAACCAUCAAGAAAGCAUCACUUGGUGAUGAUGAAGAGGGGUUCCUUAGUAUCACAAAGGCAGUGGAGGACCCAGUGCAGUUCUUUGCUGAGAGAACUCAUGGCUGCUUCACCGCCAUGGGAACCAACAACAACCAGAUCAUCCGACUGACGGUUCCCAGGGCCGAGGUUGACCUUGAGGACAUCAAACAGUGUUACUAUGAGAAGUACAGCCAGAACCUGUAUGACGCAGUGAACAGCAAGUGUAGCGGCGAGUACAAAAACAUGCUGCUUGCUGUGAUUGACAAGUAGUUCCUCAGAAAGUAGAUCCUGAGAAAGUAGUUCCUGAAAAAGUAGUUCCUGAUGUGGAGCCAUUCUUGUUGAUAAAGAUCCUUGUCCAGUGAACGAAUGGAGAAGCUCUGAUUAGGAGGUGUUUGUCUUCCUGAAAUUCAGUUUAUGAUGACAUUGAUGCGAACAGCAUAAUAUAAAAUGAUCAAUUAGUGAUGACUUAGAAAAUUAAUAUGUAUAUUCGUUUUCAAUGAUUGCAAUCAUAUGUUAUAUUUUAAUGUGACAAAUGGCCAUUUGGAUGUGGUAUGUAUGUCUCAAUAUGAUAUCCAUUUAAAGGUUAUGAUUCUGGUAUAUUUCUGUAAAUUAAAUAUGCUAUAUACACAACACAAACAUGUGCUUUACUUAAUUUACUAUCUUAUUUUUCACAAGACUAUUUUAGCUCACCAGGGCAUGAAGUGCUAGCAGUGAGCUUUUGUGAUGGGUGGCCAUUCAACAUCAAUUGUCAUCCAUCGUGUGUCCUGAAUUGGAUCAUCAAUGAUUUGCUUCAAACAACAUCUCCCCCUAAACUGCUUGUGCAUUUUCAUGAAACUUCACAGGAAUUAUUUUUUGGUGGACCUCUUUCAAAGUUGUUCAAAUCGUUCUAUUCUGCUGCAUACUGGUGCUGUAUAAAAACCUGAUACACACCAGGGGUUCCAUCUUUGAAACAACAAGGAUCAGGGCAUUUGGUGUGAAACAUAUAGUGGUCCUGUACACAUUUUUUUUCAAAUCAUCCCCCUAGGGUCAAAAUUUGCCCUACUUGGGAUGAGGGGUAAAAAUGGAAUAUAUAUUACAUAUAUUUUGUGUGUUUUAUUGAAUUUUGGUUCUUUACAAAGAUUUUUUCAAAUCAUAUUCCUGGCUUAGAAACUAGCCACACUCCAUUAUGCAGGUGAGCGAUAGGACCAUAUCGGCCUUCUUUUUCUGUAAACCAGAUGUUAUAAAGACAAAAACGUUUGCUUUAUGAAAAAUCUUAUCUCAGUUUAAAACUAAUAAAAAUGGUUUGUGAUCAUAGUAUUAUGUAAAUAAAAAGCAGUUUUUCUGUUCAUUUAUUUAACAUGCUAGGAAAUGUGUCACGUUUCAAGUACAAUGCGAGUCUAAUCUUUCAUAUUAUAAAUAGCGGUAUAAGGGACUUACCAAUUUUGUUUCACUCCAAAUUGAACAGAUUGAGUAUAUCAAUCAAUAUAGUUUAUUAAACUUAUGUAAGCAAUACUUUUAUUAUUUUAAUAUAUAAUAUUUGCUUAUUAUCAUUAUCAAUGAAGUGUUUAUGUCAAUUUUGUUUAAAGCAACUUCAUUUUUCUUAUAAUUUAUUUGACUUAAUGUAACAAUUCUUUUUGAAAUUUAUAAUCUAAAAUUAUCCAAACUCUCUGUAUAAUUAUAAUAUCAUAUAUAUUGCAUGGAUUCUAUUAACUUUAUUAAUUAAAUGUUCUGUUAUAAAGGAUAUUGUCUAUUUGCCCGCAUGCAUUUAUAAAACAAAUAUAUGUUCAGACUUGUUCUUUCUAAAGCACUUAUUCUAGCAGUUGAUGACCGUUGGUUUUCUUGCUGUGGUUCACAUAUAUGAUUCAUGUUUAUGUCAGUUGUUCAUUGCAUUGUACAGUAAUACUGUCUGUUGGUUUUACUUUUAUUUUAAAAGCUUUUUUUUUUUAUUUUAUAAUAUUUUGUUUAUUUAUUUACACAAAUAAAUUUAUCUUCUUUUGCAUUUAUUUCCAAAGCUAUAUUUUAUACGUGCUAUUUUCUGUUAUAGUUUAUCAAGUUUAUGUACUCAAUUUAAUUUAUAUUAUGCAUUUAUUUGAAAAUAUAUUUUUGAUGCAUUAUUUUGUCUUAUAAUGAUAGUUACUUUAUUAACCUAAGUUAAUUUAUCUCAUUUUUGUAUGCCAAUAGUUUAUUUACACAGUUAAAUUUCAUAAUGGUUCGAGUAUAUACUCGAGCCACUUUGUGUACAUAUUGUACAUGUAUAAAUGUAUUAGAUGACUAUUAAGAAGUAAUUGCUGACGAAGAUAAAUGCCUAUUUUGCUUUCAAAUGGUGUCUUUCUAUCAAAAUACAACUAGGCUGUUAACGAAUCUGUGAAUUUCAAUUUUUGUAAAAAUUAAAUUUCUCAGAAAAAACACACACAGAGAUUCCUAAAUGUAUAAAUUUUUUACUUCCUCGUGCAUGUUGUAUUGGCUAAUCAUGGACAAUUUGCUAGGGCCUUAUUUUUUGGCAAAAGGUUUUGAACCAGGACAUUUUCUGAUGGAGAAAAACUAUUUGUGUAUAUGACUAUAUGUAUCUGAUACCAUCUUAACUGCACCUGCGUUUUCCUGAUAACUCCUGGGUAUUUAAGCUGCUACUGCAAAAGUUGUUGAACCAGAUGUUUUCUGGUGGAUGAACCCAAUUAUUUCUAUUCUGGGAAAUAUGUUUGAAACGCAUGUGGUGCACAUAUGUGAACAGUAUAAUAUAUAUAAAAUAAUUAUGUUAGAGAACUGUGAUGACAAAAUGAUUAACAUACAACCUAUAUAUACUGACUUCAUUUCUUCGAUAUGUUAUUUGUUCAUAUGGCAUAUUUUAUAAGUGUUAUACUAUGUUAAUGAUUAAGUUUAUGAACCAAACGUCCUUGGCUAAGUUGUGUGAUAUUUGACUGUGAUUUAAAAGAAAUUUAAAUGCAUAUCAGUUUUAAUAAAUUUCCUAUGUAGUUAA